GAGUACCUGUAAUAUGACUGGUGAUUGUUGACAUACCAGUAUAAAGACAUUAAAUUAAUUUAUGUUUACAUGCUGCCAAAUGUUAGAGUGCCGCAUGGUCUUCCACUGAAGUCUCAAUUUGGCCUACUUUGAAUCCUGCUUCACCUCAUCGAGAGGGGGGGGGGGAUGCUUAUUGGUGGAGAGCAGCGGUGGCCAGCCUAUAAAUACCCAUAAAUGCUUGAAGAGGAUACCAGAGCCACUGGUAUCACCGGACGGCCCAGGACUCAGUUCGCCGCCAGUAGUCCUCCAGUAGUGCUCGCUCCGGGCCACACAGACCAGAUCAGCAUGUCUCUGUCAGGGCGUCCCAACACAGUCCGGCUGGUGUUCCUCGGGGCAGCGGGGGUCGGUAAGAGCGCGCUCAUCCGCCGUUUCCUCCACGACCGUUUCGAGCACAAGUACACGCGCACAGUCGAGGAGCUUCACGUGCUAGAAUACGACACUGCGGGAUCUGGGAAGAUGCGUCUGGAGAUCUUGGACACGAGCGGUAGCUACUCCUUCCCGGCCAUGCGGGAGCUCUGCAUCCGACACAGUGACGCUUUUGCCCUCGUGUACGCGGUGGACAACCCCGGGUCCCUCGAGGAGGUGCGGCGGCUCCGCGACGAGAUUCUGGAGCUGCGGGGCGACAAGGGCGCGCCCAUCACCGUGGUUGGCAACAAGGCAGAUCUGACUGAGACCGAGGGUCGCGUGCUGCUGGUGUCUGAUGUCAUGGCCACAGUGGAGGGGGAGUGGGACGCCAACUUCGUGGAGGCGUCCGCGCGCAACGGUGGAAACGCGGCCGGAGUGUUUCGCGCGCUGCUGCAACAGGUGAAACUGCCGCACCGCCUGAGCCCUGAGGUGUGGAGGCGCAAAGACACGGUCCCCAGACCAGCAGUCAAGAAAAGACCACCACUGAAGAAGAACAACAGCUGUGUCCUGUCAUAGGAACGUUUUCUCUGUUUGCUGGACUCUGCAGCUGGACUGCGCGUGUUCAGGUGCUGCUAGUCAUCACAGUAGGUCUACUCUACCUGGUUUGUCCAGAGGUGGAAAGUUGGAAGGAUAAGUGAACCAUAUUGAAACUUUACUGUCUCUGGAGGCCUCGACAGUAAUGCUCGUUUUAGUAGUUUAAUGGGACGCCUAGUCGGCUUAUAUGGGAUGCACUUUAUAGUCCUACGUGUUAAAGAGUCACAUUUUUGUGUACUUAAAAAAAUAAUAAUCUUAUGUCAAUAAAAUAUUUUUUUUCUGA